GCGGGGCCGGGCCCGGAGUCGGCAUGAAUCGCUGCUGGGCGCUCUUCCUGUCUCUCUGCUGCUACCUGCGUCUGGUCAGCGCCGAGGGGGACCCCAUUCCCGAAGAGCUCUAUGAAAUGCUGAGUGACCACUCGAUCCGCUCCUUCGAUGACCUCCAGCGCCUGCUGCAUGGAGACUCCUUAGAGGAAGAUGGAGCUGAGUUGGACCUGAACAUGACCCGCUCCCAUUCGGGGAGCUUGGCUCGUGGCAGAAGGAGCCUGGCGUCUCCGUCGGCCACUGCCGAGCCUGCCAUCAUUGCAGAGUGCAAGACACGCACCGAGGUGUUCCAGAUCUCCCGGCUCCUCGUCGACCGCACCAACGCCAACUUCCUGGUGUGGCCGCCCUGUGUGGAGGUGCAGCGCUGCUCUGGUUGCUGCAACACCCGCAACAUGCGAUGCAGCCCCACCCAGGUGCAGCUGCGGCCUGUCCAGGUGAAUAAAAUCGAGCUUAAGCUGGGGAAGCCAGUCUUGAAUAAGGCCACCGUGACACUGGAGGACCACUUGGCGUGCUACUGUGAGACAGUGGACAUCCCGGAGCAGCGAGCCAAGACGCCCAAAACUCGGGUGACCAUUCGGAUGGUGCGAGUCCGCCGGCCCCCCAAGGGGAAGCACCGGAAAUUCAAGCACACGCAUGAACAUGACAAGAAGGCACUGAAGGAGACCCUCGGAGCCUAGGGGCAUCAGCAAGAGAGAGUGGGCAGGGUUAUUUAAUAUGGUAUUUGCUGUAUUGCCCCCAUGGGGUCCUUGGAGUGAUAAUAUUGUUCCCCUCGUCCGUCUGUCUCGAUGCCUGAUUCGGACGGCCAAUGGUGCUUCCCCCACCCCUCCGCGUGUCCGUCCACCCCUCCAUCGAUGGGUCUCCCUGCGACGGCCUCCGGCAUCCUGCCCAGCAGCCCCAGAAGGAAAAGGACUAAACUCCAUCGCUGUCUUCUUCCCUCGACCUUAAGAAUCUGGGAUAAGAGUGCAAGAGAGCCGAUGUGGUCGCUGUUUGGGGAGAGGGGUUCCCUCCGCCACAUCUGGCCUGGGCCAUACCUGAGCACUGUGGACCAGCUCGAGGAGCCCUGCACAUGGCCCCGAGGACCUCCUGCCUGGUCCCUGGACCCUGGCUAGCUCUGAGGGGAACACCUCUAGGCAGAUCAGGGUACCUUGUACUCCAUGUUGGCUGAGACCACAGACGAACCCAGACCCACCGGCCACCUCCUCUCCCUGGUCACCUCUGCUCACAGUGGCUUCUUUUCGUUUGAUGCAUAUGAAAUCUUUGAAGACGUGGACUCUUCUGGACGGGUGUGGCCAGAGCGCCAGGUGGCUGAGUGCCCUCUCUGGCUGGUUCAAGAUGAAGUUUGCUCUUGAGGUGGACGUAGAUGGUGACCUUAGCAUCCCUUGCCUCCUGCCACCUCCUGGUCCCCCUGCUUCACUUGAUUCCCUUCCUCUUCUGUUUCUUUUCA